AUGCCUCCACCGCAGGGGACCCCGAACAUCCUCGAAGGACCAGGUGAUUACACCGUCACGAAGGCGGUCCACAGUGACACAUACCCAGCCAUCGACCCCAGCAGGCUCGACCCAGCCCUCCUCAAGAGCCGCGCCGUGUACAUCGGUGGAGCGUCCAGGGGUAUAGGCAAGGCCGUCGCCGUCUCCUUCGCCCGCGGCGGCGCCAGCCUCAUCGCCAUCAGCGCACGCUCCGUCAGCUCCCUGGAGCCCGUGGCCGAGGAGCUGAAGGCAGCAGCUCGGGACGCCUCGGCACUACGUGUUGUAUGCGUCGCAGUAGAGGCGUCGUCCCCCGAGAGCGUGGCGGCUGCGGCGGCUGCGGUGGCGCGCGAGUUGGAUGGGCGCCCGCUGGACAUUGUCGUGCAGAACGCGGCCGUGCUGGGGAACUCGGCGCGCAUCACGGACGCGGACCCGGACGAGUGGUGGCGCGUGUACGAGGUCAACGUGCGGGGCCAGUUCCUCGCGGCCAAGUACUUCCUGCCGCUCCUGCUGCAGGGCCAGGGGGGAGGCCUGCGGACGUUCGUGACCGUCGCCAGCGUCGGGGCGCACAUCGUGGGCGAGGGCUACAGCCACUACCAGUCCGGCAAGCUGGCGAACCUGCGCAUUGCCGAGUUCGUGGACCGGGAGUAUGGAACCGAGGGCGUGAGCGCGUGGUGCGUGCACCCUGGGAACGUGCUUACUGACAUGGCUGGUGGGAUCGAUGGGGAGGUUGCCAAGACCAUGAGCGCGAUCUUUGUCGACACUCCACAGAUCAGUGCUGACACGAUCGUCUACCUGACGGCGGAAAAGCGUCAGUGGCUGAGCGGGCGGUACAUCAAUUGCACGUGGGACAUGCCGGAACUUUUGGCGCAGGAGAAAGAAAUCGUCAAGGGGGAUAAGUUGAAGGUGCGACUAGUCCUCUGA